UAUGGUAGUGAUGAGCCUCUCUAGCCCUCCCUCAUCGUCCUCUCAGUGGUAGCGCGGGGACGCGCUGAAAAGCGAGCCGCCGAAUUCGCCGUGUGUAGAUUCGGGUGCUGCUCGAACCCGAGCGGAGGAGAGUUCGCGCUAAGGGUGAUCACCACAUGAGCUAUUAGAGAUUGCUAGACAAAAUCAAACUGGAAACUUGCUGGAAUCAAGAAUGAUGGAUCCAUGUUCAGUUGGAGUCCAGCUUCGUACCACAAAUGAGUGCCAUAAAACCUACUAUACUCGUCACACAGGUUUCAAGACUUUGCAAGAAUUGUCAUCAAAUGAUAUGCUUUUACUUCAACUUAGAACUGGAAUGACACUUUCUGGGAACAAUACAAUUUGCUUUCAUCAUGCAAAAAUUUACAUUGAUAGAUUUGAGGAUUUGCAGAAGUCAUGUUGUGACCCAUUUAACAUACACAAAAAAUUAGCCAAAAAAAAUUUGCAUGUAAUUGACUUAGAUGAUGCCACUUUUCUGAGUGCAAAAUUUGGCAGGCAGCUUGUACCUGGUUGGAAGCUUUGUCCAAAAUGUACACAGAUUAUCAAUGGAAGUGUGGAUGUUGAUUCUGAAGACCGGCAGAGAAGAAAACCUGAUUCAGAUGGAAGAACUGCUAAAGCUUUGAGGUCAUUACAAUUUGCAAACCCAGGAAAGCAAACAGAAUUUGCUCCAGAAACUGGUAAAAGAGAGAAAAGAAGGCUUACAAAAAAUGUAACCGCUGGUUCAGACAGACAAGUGAUACCGGCAAAGAGUAAGGUCUAUGAUAGCCAGGGUCUCCUGAUUUUCAGUGGAAUGGACCUCUGCGACUGCCUUGACGAAGAUUGCUUAGGAUGUUUCUACGCUUGUCCUGCCUGUGGCUCUACCAAAUGUGGAGCUGAAUGCCGCUGUGACCGCAAGUGGCUAUAUGAGCAAAUUGAAAUUGAAGGAGGAGAAAUAAUUCAUAAUAAACAUGCUGGAUAAUUUGUGGUAUCAAAUUUAUAGGAUCUUUAAAGGUCCUUUCUCUAUUUCUAAAAUUCUGUCAUUCUAAGAUACAUUUUAAAGUUAAUUGCCAAAUGACAAAAAUUUGAAAACCAUUUUAACAUGCACUCAAUACAUGCUAAUACUGCAUUUAGGGUAUCUGAUGUAAAUUUAGAUGGCCUCUUAAGAUUCAUUGUCUGAUGUAAUUUUAGAUGGCCUCUUACUCAGCAGUCAGCUUUAAGCCUGUCUGGGUCAAUGUAAACAGGUAGGGUAUAGGCAGUCCUCUAUUUGCACAAUUCCCAUAUCCACAAAUUUCGAUGACAGUGACUUAAAUAACACCAGGUCCUUAACAGCACAAAUUUCAGUUACCACAGUAUGUUAACAGAAUAAUUACAUGAAGUACAAAUUUCCUUGCUAGCUCUUUGGUCCAUGAGUCACUAUGAGUAACAGAUGUAAUUCAUGAUCAGUUACCAAUCACAUUACUUCCUUCAAAUUCUGCCAGUGAUUGGUCACUGCAUAUCUGUUGAUCACUUCGCAGCAAAGCACGAAGUUAUGUUGUCUCCUCGUCACUUAUGUGACACUUUAUAAAAGUAGGUAAAAGAAUUGGCUAACAAAGAUCAAAGCGCAGGGAAGAAAUGAAAAAUCAUAAUACUAGAAGUGAGAUUUGAAUUGAACAUUAAUGGAGUUGUAGAAGAAAUCUCUGAUCAUGGGAAUGUUGACAUGGCUGCUUUUGUAGAGCUUCUACAUACAGAGCCAGAGAAACUUACAGUGAAGGCAAACGUAACAUGAAUGAGGAAGGUGGUUGUGAUGAAAAAGAUGACUGUGUCCCAAAGGAGGUGAUGGUAAGAAACUUCACAUUAAAGGAACUUACAGAGAUAUUUCAUAGCAUUGAAUGUACAGUUGAUGAAAUGGUGGAAACUUAAUCCAAACUUAAAGGAGUAUGGCAAUCUAUCAUAGUAUGGAAAAGAUGCUUACUCAGUGUAAGUUAUUUGACAAAAAAAGACAAGCACUGUUCAAACUACUCUUGAUUAGUUUUUUUACAAUGAAAUAACACUCUAAUUCUCAAUGUUUCUAAUGUUUUAAAUUACAGUGUACUACAAUACUUUUAUAAUUUUUUUAUUUACAUUUUAAGAGUUUUUAAUGUUUUGACAGAUUUUUAAAACACAAUUUUCUCCAUUGAUUAUUAAAAAAGAUUGCUUUGAAUGGCCAUUUUUUAUGGUCCCACACGAUUGUCCAAGGCAAGGACUACCUGUAGCUGAGAGCAGUGCCUACUUCAGGGAAAAUUAGUUUUGAUACAACUAAGUGGUUGAUUGUUAAACUGUUUGGGGAAUAAUCUACAUAUAUGUGUGCUAAAACAUGCCAUUUCCUCUCCCCACUUAAACUCUUCAAAAAAAUGUUUUAAUAAUAUAAACCUUUCAUUGUUCAGAGCAUGCAUUCUUGGUGAAAUUGUGUUCUUGGUGGCAAAAAUGUUAUUUCUAUGUGUAAAGCAAGAAUAUACAUACAAUAUGUAAACAGAUAUACAUUAUUUCUGUGGUAUUAAAAUCUUACAAGGUGUUAAUCGGAACUAAAAAGACUGAAAAAGACUCCUUGAAGAGUAAUAAUUUUUUUUAAAAAAGGUGGAGAAACACUGACUGAGACUGAAUUAUUUGGAAAUUAAUUGAAACAAUGUUGGAAUUGCAUGGAUGCUGUUUGGGAAAAUGGGGGUGUGUGAUAACUUCUCUGCUCUUUUGUUAAGACAGCUAAUUGACAUUCUAUCUAAAAUGUUUAAUCAUCUAAGAUAUUGUGACGAAACUAGGUUUUCGUUUUGUUUUGUCUUCCAUAAAUAUUGUACUUUAGUUUAAUCAAAUGAGCUUUAAACAAUUUGAAAUAUUUUUUUAGCCGUUGAAACUAUAACUUUAUAUAGCCAGCUUUAUUGAACUGACUAAUAGAGCUUUAUUUUUAUUUCUGUACGCUUUUGGUAUCUCUUUAUAAAAUGACUGGUUUUACUUUGAUGGAAUGCCGUUUUCAACCAUUGAGUUAAAUGCCGUUUUUAAGUUAUAACUGUUCAUUGACUUAGUUAUCAGAAGUACAGUUAAUUCCAGAGUACUGGCAAAAAGAAUAUAUUAGCUUUAUAUACUUAAGUAAGAUGCUAGAUUUUUUUUCUAAAUUAAGGAAAUAUUUUCUCAUAAAGGGUACAAACAUAGACUCCAAUUUUUUCUGAAUUUCCAGGAUCAUUAGACUUUCUUAAUUGCAUUACCACCAUCAUUUUUGUUCCUUUUAAGUAUGAUUUAGUAUAUGGCUUAGGUUCUUCAUAGAGGAAAAUUAAAAUCUUUGAUUUUUUUUUUAUUUGUUUAAAACAGGAAUAUCUCUUCAGAAUAAAUGGCUUUAAAAUUCAAGUUGUGAUAUUUCAGCAUUCUUUAGUAGAACAUUUAUUAUUUUUCAAAGAUGGUAAUUUUUUCAAGGGAAAAUUCCUUGAACAAUUUUGCUAAUAUUGGUUUAUUAUGCCUAUAUAGGAGACCAACUUUUAAUGAGCAUGCAAAACAUUUAUAGAGAAAGGUAUAUCUGAUUUAGAAUAGGCUGUAAUAAAAGCUGUGUUUUGGAAAAUUUAUAUUACAAGUCCACUUAACUGUGUUUUAAUAUAGAAUUGAAGGAAUACAGAAUACAGUAAAAUCAUCUAGAUCCUUUUUAUAUUUUGCGUAUGACUCAAGGUGAGUAAAUUAGAAUGCUGUUAAUCUGCAAAAGCAAAAAUGAAAGUUACCUUCUGCUGUAAGAGUGCCGCUUGGUGGAGAAGUUAAUGUAAGGCCACAUUAUGGUCUUAAUGCAGUGUUGGUCACAAACAUUAAAACAAUGCACAUAUAUAUUUGAAUAAAAUGGCAUCCCAUGUGA